GAAAGGAAGACGUGCUUCCGGUUGAAACCGGAAGAGGCGCCAAAAUCGAAAAGUUUUUCCUGUCAGGAGUCAAGAAAAUGGACCCGACAGCACGGUUCUUCACCAAGCUGAAGAAGCUGGCGGUGACUCUGGAGUCAGAAACUGCGAAGCUACAACAGGUCUUUGAAAACCGCAACAAGGACGGUGACAGUGAGACCACAGCGAAAGCUAUGCGAGCAUAUCACGAGCUGAACUGUGAUGUCGGCACCCUGAAGGGGCAGAUCCAGGGUCAGCUUGCUCAGCAGAAAGCGCAGAAGAACGAGGUGAGCAGCUUCAUUAACGCCUGUCGAGUGAUGGAGCAGAGGGUCAGUAAGGACAUCCAGUCACUGAGGGCACACUGGGAAAAAUAUGGUUACAAAGCUCCCUGUGACACCCAGAGACCAACCAAGAGCAAAGAUCCAGAGUCAGAGGCUGAACAUGACGCAGCAAGUAAGAAUGAAACUAUGUCAGCAGAGGGAGAAGAGGGAAGCGUGGAGGAGGCAGAAGGUAAUCACUCCCCAUCGCCUCCAAAAGUGGGGCCGCCGCCCUUCACUGACAUGCUGCGAACACCCCAGCUCUCUGACUUCGGCCUCUCUGAGAUGCAGCUGAAGAGAACUCUGGCUGGGGCGGAGUGGUGCUCUGAGGUGCCCCCUAUGCCCGAGAUGAACCUCCCUCAUCCCACACUCAACACGCCUGCACCACCACCCAUGCCUUUAACCCCCAAAUGUGCCCUGCGGAUGGAUGACGAUGAGUUACAGACACCUCAGAUGCAUGACUUUGGCAUUUCAGAGCACACCAUGUGUCUGAACAACGACUUCACAAUGGAUCUGUUCCGGAAGAACACUGAGAAGCCCCAGAGACCGUCACAAGACGUACCUGUACCACCAGUUAACUCUGUGAUGGAGAGUUUGCAGACAAAAGCACAGACCUUGGAGUCCCCAGAACCACCUGUAUUUUGCACACCAGGGUUUAAGAUCAGAAAGACCAACGGUCACUGCUCCCCACCUGCCCAAGGCAAUGGUGACCCAGAGUCCCCCGGUCACCCUGGAAACCUGCCUACCACACCUGAGGUCCCAGCGUUUCAAACCCCAUACGUGAACCGACUGGUCAGCACCAAAAAGAGUGCUGGGCAGCCCGAGCCUGUCAACAUGCAGGCUGAUGAUGACAACCACACCUUUGAGCUUCCAACACCUCGUAACGGAGCGACUGGCUCCAAACGCACCUGGGAAUACGACGUGCCGGAUAUCUCCAUCAUGGGGGUGGAAGACAAGCAGAUGCCAGAGAUGCCAAACCUUGAGUCUGUUUUGGGAAACUCUUUACAAAAUAGAAGUGCCAAAAUGCUGAAGAAGGCUAACGAGCAUGAAAAGAUGACCAAGGAGCUCACUGUCAACCGACUGGAGCUGGACGGACCCACCCAGGAGUUCAGCUUUGGGACACCUCGCAUCAGGAUGUACGACCAAGAGCCCAGCACCCCGGAGAUGCCAGACCUCAGCUCCAUUACACAGGACAUCUGUAAACUUGUGUCUCAGGCUCAGCUGAAGAAGACGGCCAUGGCUGUCGUGCACCCAAACGUCAGGCCAGAAAAUGUUAAAAGCAGAGCUGUGAGUCUGUCUGUGGUGUCAGAGAGCGAGUUCAGGAGUUUACCCAGCUACCUGAGGCAGAUGACUCUACAGAGCCUCAACCAGGCGGUCAACAGCAUCAACAAAUUCUUGGCAGAGAGUCCAGGAGAACAGACAGAGUUUCAGAUGGAGGAGCUGAGGAGGAUUUGCGGCGUGGGAACCAAGACGCCCGUAUACAUCCUCUGUCUGACCGAGCUCAAGAGGCUGACGCACACGGGAGGAGCCAGGAACACCUCGGUGUACAAGUUAAACACACACAACUGAAGGGCUGCGGGGAUAUAUUACACUUUGUCCCGUCUAGAUUUCUGCAUCUCCACAAGUCUGGGAUUUAAACCUGUAACCUACUUUGCUUCCUGUUUUGUUUAUAACACGCUGUAGGUGUCUUCAUGUGCACAUUUUGCUCUGGAUAUGAGACGCCUGCUGUGUUUCACUGCAGGUCCACCUGUUGAAAUGCAGUAGUGUUUGUUUAUAGGAUUUUGUCGCCCUCACGUGGACGGAUACGAGAACUGCAUGCAGUUAGGAAAUGUUUUAGUCUGCUGCUUUUUCUGUCUUCUUCGCUGUUUAUGUUACAUCAUUUCUUUUUCACUUUGUCCCUGUUCUCGUGCUCAAAUCCACCCCCUUUUGUCUCUCCUGCCUGUUGUCUUUUUCUUAAUGAGGAAACCGACCUCAUCCCAACUCACAAGAAACUGCUUGUACGUCCAUCUUUAAUUGGCAGAGAUGCUGGACUCUUAUGCUUCUGUCAAUAUACACUUUAACUACACUAGAGAAAGCAGGCUUGGUGACUUUUGUGUCUAGAUUGUAAAUAGUUUUGAUGCAUGGGUAGGCAAUAAUUUGCACUUCUGUGGUUUUGUCUUGGAUAGAAACUCUGUAUAUAAUAAAGUUACUGCACAUGAUAAGGAAGUGAGCUCCCUAAAGACUAUUAAUGAAGCAGCAUAUAAGAAAGAGCGUAUUUCAGUUUUUAAAGGGAAGUUCUGUGAUUUACAAUAUGCCAAGUACCCCUCUGUGGUCCCAGUUGAUGUUCAAUGACAGGGCUCGAAAUUUGAGCAGUGCAUGUGAUUCUCCGCUCUACAUGCACCAGUGCAUGCUGCAAGUUUAUGUAGCCUUACCCAGCAACUCACUGCACAGGACACACCUCCUCAUA